GCUCUGUCUAUCUGAUAUGAAGUUGAAAUGGAUUGAUUGAAGUUUGAUAAGAUACGUUAUCUAAAACAGGCAUUUGCUACAUAUAAGUUGAAACAUUCGUAGUCAUAGUCCUGUUCUCGAGUGGGUCAGACCGCACUAACGACUGUCUCCAGUGUAUCUAUUGCAUCUCCAAAACCAGCAUCUACAUUCAACUUGUUUUAGGUAAAAUAGGUUUAGGUAAAUAGAUAUCGGAUGCGGAUCGACAACUAUAAAUGACGGAACCAAACAACGUUGAUCAAAAACGACUAUAUCAUAAACAGAUAGUAACAUAAAGAAAACUACCGAAAGUUACUGAAAGCAAAGCUUACACUUUACCAGUAAAGUGAUAUAUAAAGUUCCUUUUUCUUUGUUACUCUUCGCCUCACUUUCUGAAUUUGCUUUAUGGCAACCGCUCUGCUUCCCUACAAACACGACCAUCCAUGUGAAAGGUUCACGGUUGUAUCAGAAGUAAGAUGUCUUAAUAAGGAGAAGGAAAGGUUAGAAACGUUUGAUUUUUGUACCUCUAGCGAGUACAUCCACCGGCAUAAGGUGGAACUAGCUCGGUGGGGAUUCUAUUACGUCCGACAACCUGAUGUUGCGCGGUGCUAUUUUUGCAAAAUAGAGCUUGCAAACUGGCAACACGACGAUGUGGUAACGCAAGAGCACCUCCGAUGGUCGCCUUAUUGUCCAUUGAUGAAAAAGCGUCCAACGGACAAUGUGCCGAUCGUGGAGAACUUUCUCGACCAGCUGGCGGACGUUGUGUCGGACGUAACCGGUACGACGGAUGAGACUUCAAACACCGGAUCAGCUUUGGCAGUUAGCAUUCAACCCCCAACCAUCGAACCGAUCGCUUUAGCGGAGGAUUCUGUUCCAACGUACAGUCCGAAGCAUCCGAUCUAUAAGCUGGAAGUGGAACGUUUGGCAAGCUUCAAGCAAUGGCCCAAAUCGAUGAAGCAAACGCCCGCCCAGAUGGCUGACGCAGGUUUCUUCUACACCGGUAACGGUGACAUCGUGCAGUGCUUUUGCUGCGGCGGUGCCUUAAGUGGUUGGCUGAGUGAAGAUGAUCCGUGGGUGGAACAUGCCACCCACUACAGCGGGUGCUUUUACGUGAAUUUGAUGAAAUCGGUCAAAUUUAUUCGCGAUUGUCAGGCAAAGCAAGUGAUGAAGGAUAACGGCCAGGAGACGUGCACGCAAGAUGUGGAACCAGCUGCUCCCGAGGCUGAGCUUGGGGACGAUAAAUGUUGCAAAAUUUGCUACGCCCGACCGUACGAUACAAUUUUCAUGCCUUGUCGGCACGUAGCUGCGUGUGGGAAAUGUGCAGUCGCCACGACUAGAUGUCCGUUCUGCAACGAACCUUACAGCAACAUUAUGCAUAUCUAUCUUCCGUAGUACUUUCGCUGCUGGGUAGUCUUUUUUGUCUCUAGUGGAAGUAGUAUUCGCGAGAUUCUAUUCAAUAGUUAAUAUCAAUCAGUUUAGAAAAUGCUUCAUAGUGGACCACUGUCAAUGUCAACUGUGUCGUGGUGUAAUGUUACAAUAUCUUCUAAGCAGCUGGUGGCUGAUCUUAACUGAAGAAAUGCUUCAAUCUGGAGUCAAGCCAAAAAAAAUACUUAACAUACUUUGCAUUGUUUGCAUAGUAAACAUUUCCUAAUUGUUUAACAAAUUCA